AUGGUUGCCAAUUGGGUACUUGCUGUCACGAGGCAGUUCGAUCCCUUUAUGUUUGUUAUGGUCAUGGGUGUCGGUAUUUCAUCGAAUAUUCUAUAUAACUUCCCAUAUCCUGCAAGAUGGCUAAGAAUAUGCUCAUAUAUCAUGUUCGCUAUCACGUGCCUUAUUUUCAUUGCUGUACAGGCGCUGCAACUGUUACAUUUGAUUAUAUACAUCAAGGAGAAAAGCUUCAGAGAAUAUUUCAAUGACUUUUUCAGAAAUAUGAAGCACAAUUUAUUUUGGGGUACUUAUCCCAUGGGGUUAGUUACAAUUAUAAAUUUCUUAGGAGCACUUUCAAAAGAGUACACUACGAAAAGCCCUACUAAUGCCAGGAACUUGAUGAUAUUUGUUUAUGUCCUGUGGUGGUAUGAUCUCGCAGUCAGCUUAGUAAUAGCUUGGGGUAUCUCAUUUCUUAUCUGGCAUGACUAUUACUCUUUGGAAGGGAUUGGAAAUUAUCCUUCAUAUAAUAUUAGAAUGGCAUCCGAGAACAUGAAAAGUGUAUUGCUGCUGGAUAUCAUUCCGCUAGUCGUCGUCGCUUCAAGUUGUGGAACAUUCACAAUGUCAGAAAUAUUUGGUCAUGCGUUCAAUAGAAACAUUCAACUGAUAACGUUGGUCAUAUGUGCCUUGACCUGGCUACAUGCCAUUAUUUUCGUCUUCAUACUGAUCGCGAUAUACUUCUGGAGUCUCUAUAUCAAUAAGAUACCACCGAUGACGCAGGUUUUCACGCUGUUCCUGCUUUUGGGACCGAUGGGCCAAGGCAGUUUUGGGGUUUUGUUGCUUACAGACAAUAUAAAAAAAUACGUGAGCAAAUAUUACCAAACGGAUAACGUUACUAGAGAACAAGAAAUACUGACUAUUGCAGUUCCAUGGUGUUUCAAAGUUCUAGGCAUUAUCUCUGCUAUGGCGUUGCUCGCUAUGGGCUACUUCUUUACUGUGAUUUCCGUCAUUUCAAUCCUGUCGUAUUACAAUAAAAAAGAGAUUGAAAGUGAGACAGGGAAAGUGAAGAGAGUUUAUACCUUCCACAAAGGUUUUUGGGGAAUGACUUUCCCAAUGGGUACUAUGUCUCUAGGGAACGAAGAGCUAUAUGUGCAAUAUGACCAGUACGUUCCCCUAUAUGCAUUCAGAGUCCUAGGGACCAUAUACGGCGGUAUUUGCAUUUGUUGGUCAAUUUUAUGUCUAUUAUGCACGCUACAUGAGUAUUCGAAAAAGAUCCUCCAUGCUGCCCGUAAAUCUUCACUAUUUUCAGAGUCAAAUACGGAGAAGACGACCGUUUCUCCGUAUAAUAGCAUUGAAAGCGUGGAAGAAUCAAACUCGGCUCUAGAUUUCACGCGUUUAGCAUAA